AUGCUGGAAAACUGCUGCAGCCUGGCCCCAUUGGGUAAGACUCUGCUCCCUAGUAACUUAGAGUCUGCCUUCUUUACAUUUUCUUUGCUAUGUUCUUAUUAUUUUAAUUAUGAAAAUAUAAAGAGAAUGGAAAGAAUAGAGGAUAAAAAGAAAUCUACAAAGGAUCGAUGUGAUGAGUAUAAGGAACUUGGGGGACAUCUAGAUCUGUCCUCCAGUCUCUCAGAACAUCAGGGAGUUCUGAAGGGACAGAAAUUAUAUCGAUGUGAUGAAUGUGGCAAAGUUUUUAAUUGGAGUUCACACCUCAUUGGGCAUCAGAGAAUCCACACUGGAGAGAAACCAUAUGAGUGUACUGAGUGUGGCAAGGCCUUUAGGCAGACCUCUCAACUCAUUGUCCACCUCAGAAUCCAUACAGGGGAAAAACCUUAUGAAUGCAGUGAUUGUGGAAAGACCUAUCGCCACAGCUCCCAUCUCAUUCAACACCAGAGACUUCAUACUGGGGAGAAACCAUAUAAAUGCAAUGAAUGCGGAAAAGCUUUCAAUGAAAGUUCCAAACUCUUUGACCACCAGAGAACUCAUACUGGGGAGAAACCAUAUGGAUGCAAUGAGUGUGGAGCACUCUUUAGUCGGAGUAAAAGCCUUAUCCGCCAUCAGCGACUUCACACUGGUGAAAAGCCCUAUAAAUGCAAUGAUUGUGGAAAAUCCUUCAAUCAAAACUCGUACCUCAUUAUUCAUCAGCGAAUUCACACUGGUGAGAAACCUUAUGAGUGUAAUGAAUGUGGAAAGGUCUUCACUCAUAAUUCUAGCCUUAUGGUACAUCAGAGAACCCAUACUGGGGAGAAGCCCUAUAAAUGCAAAGAUUGUGAGAAAGCCUUUCGUGAUAGCUCACAACGCACCGUGCACCAAAGAGUUCAUACUGGAGAGAAACCCUAUGAAUGUAUCAAGUGUGGGAAAGCCUUUAGUCAGCGUUCUACUUUGAAUCACCACCAGCGAACUCACACUGGAGAGAAGCACUCAGAGGAACCCUACAAAUGCAGCCAGUGUGGCAAAGUCUUCCGCAAUCAUUCGUUCCUCCUCAUCCAUCAGAGAGUUCACACCAGAGAGAAGCCUUAUAAGUGCAAAGAGUGUGGGAAAUCUUUCAGAUGGAGUUCUAACCUCUCCCGACAUCAGAGGACUCACUCUUUGGGAAAACUGGAUGAGUACUGUGAAAGUGAAGAUGCUCUAAAUCUUCAGUCACAAGUCCUCACUGGUGCAAAACCUUUUCGGUGCCAAGAAUGUGGGAAAAACUUUACACGUAAAAGAAGUCUUUUAGAUCAUGAGGGAAUACACAGUGGAGAGAAGCGCUAUAAAUGCAACCUGUGUGGGAAAUCUUAUGACAGAAAUUAUCGCCUUGUUAAUCAUCAGAGAAUCCACACUAAAGAGAGACCGUUUAAAUGUCACACAUGUGGGAAAACUUUUAGCAAGAGCUCACAACUCAUCAGCCACAAGAGAUUUCAUACUCGGGAGAGGCCCUUCAAAUGCAGAGAGUGUGGGAAGACCUUUAGGUGGUCUUCAAACUUGGCUCGGCAUAUGAAAAAUCAUAUUAGAGAUUAA